UUUCCUUUCUUAGACAACCAAUCGGUCAUAGUGACGAACCUUCUUCCCCUAUGACUACACACCAAUCCUGGUAAACCUUCACUAUAUAAACAACCUCUAACCCCGCACUCACACUUCUCUUCUCUUUCACUACAGAAUCAUCCAUCCUCUUUCAAAUACACCUUCCAUUAAGCUUACACUUUCCCCGCCUUACGAGUCUACGAACGAACUGUUACGGUCUACGAUUGUUUCUCUACAUACCCUACAAUAUUUCUUCCAUUAAUCAUGUCGAGCAUCGUAAACAAGGUUAAGGACGCCCUGACGGGUGACAAGCACGACACGACCACUACCCACCACUCCACGACGGGUACUGGAGCCACUGGAACUACAGGUUCUACCAACUACGGCCAUCACGAUACCAACAUUGGCAAUAAGGCCGACCCUCGCAUCGAUAGCGAUCUUGACCACCGUGGUGCUACCGGUGCCACUGGCACUACUGGAACCUCUGGUUACGGAGCUGGCACUACCAGUGGCUCUUCCAACUACGGACCUCAUGACUCAAACUUAGCUAAUAAGGCCGAUCCUCGUGUCGACAGUGAUCUUGACAACCGUGGUGCCCCAGGAACUUCUGGCUAUGGAACUUCUGGUUACGGAGCUGGCUCUACCAGUGGCUCUACCAACUAUGGUCCUCAUAGCUCAAACGUGGCUAACAAGACCGACCCUCGUGUAGACAGCGACCGUGACCACCGCGGUGCUCACGGCACCACUGGCACUACUGGCACUACUGGAGGUUACGGGUCUAGCACCACCAGUGGCUCGACCAACUAUGGCCCUCACUCGAGUAACGUUGCGAAUAAGGCCGAUCCAAGAGUUGACAGUGAUCUUGACAACCGUGGCACCCAUGGUACUGGUCUAGCUGGCGCCGCCGGCACCACUGGUGCGACUCACCACAGUCACUCAGCUACCGGCACUGGCACUGGCACUGGCUAUGGCUCGACCAAUGCUGGCCCUCACAAUACCAACACUGCCAACAAGCUUGACCCACGCGUGGAUUCCGACCUCGAUGGAUCUCGCAAUCUGGGUACUGCCGGUCACUCAACCACCACCGGUGGCAGCACUGGCACUGGUGCUGGUUAUGGCACUCAUAAUUCCCAUGGUACUCACGGUACUCACGGUACUCACGGUACCCACGAGACUUAUGGCACUCAUGGUACUCAUGGUUCUCACGGUACUCACGGCAGCACUGGCACUGGUGCUGGUUAUGGCACUCAUAAUACCCGUGGUACUCAUGGUACUCACGAUACUUAUGGCGGUCAUGGUACUCAAGGCACUCAUGGCACCCAUGGCUCCCAUGGUACUCAUGGUGCUUAUGAUGCAGCUGGAGCGGGACCUGGCCCUGCGCCUAACACUGCCGGCCCCCAUAAGCAAGAUAUCCUCAAUAAGGUGGAUCCUCGCGUCGACUCCGAUCUUGACGGUAGCAAGACUGUUGGUGGCAAUAAGACUUACACGUAGGUGAUCCAGGAGCAGUCCAUGGUCCUUGGAGCCCGACCUUAAACGUUUGCCCUUAGGUCUUCUGGUUCAACCGCCAAGGAUCCACGGGAUGCGGCACAGGUCCCUCCAAGUGUUUUUGCACAGACUGUGGGCGAACCUGAGAUUAUGCACGGCGAUACUUCUCACAAUCGGGCGGGUCGUCAUGGUAGCACCACAGGUGAGGAUCUUCGGCGCUACGGCUCUGGCCAGCGUUGAAAAUUUUUUCUUUGUUUAUUCUUAUUUUCUUAGCGAUGGAUGGUGUGAUACCAAGAAAAACGCCUAGCUUUGUUGCCUGAUGGGCAUUUCUUUGCUUGCUUCGCUUUUGCAUGCAUUAGUUUUACGGCUCUCACAUUGGAGCAAAUAGGACGAAUUAUUUCUAGCAAAUCUUUGAACGCUAAACGCAUGAUUAUGUGAAAAUUGAUAAGAGAAUGGUG